GAGCAGUCGGCCAAACGGUUAGAUCGUAAAACUGGCCCCGUCGUUGGCCUUAUCGGUUUUUGAGCUCAUCAUCAUCUUGGAUGGUUCUUUCUUUUUUAUUCGGGUGCACCGACGAUAUCCGGCCUCCUGCUUCUCUGCCCAUCCGUACUGUGUGUAGUGGGUAGCUGGCCGUCGUACUUGUGCGAAAAUGUCAGAAAUCAACCAUUUGCGGAUUUGAUGGUGUUAAUUCGGUGGAACCAUUUUUUCAUUCGUGGUGGAUUUUCGGGUGGAAUUAUCCGAUGGCAAUAUUCGAAUAUAUUAGACAGACUCAUCAAAUAUUCACUGUUGCUACGCGGUUCACAACUUUUUAAACCCCCGCAGUUUUCUUCGAUUGAUUUCAUUGUGAUGCGACAGAGCUUUUUCUUGUGAAACCGUAGUCUGCAGCUGCAUUUCAGACGAAUGAAAGAAGAACGUCAAGUGCUGCACCGAUAUUUCGCAGCGCUUCAUUUGCUGAACAGCCGAUGACCUUCCGUUAAAUUUCCAGGCGUUGGAAGAUCGUCCUUGAAUUAACAUUACGCACGGAAUUGGUCUUAGGUGGAUUUGAAGAUUGAACAAGAUUGAAUUCCGUGAUUAGGAGGGUCAAGAAUAUUUGUAAUAUUGGUUAUAAAUAGAAGAAAACCAAAUUUCAGUGUUAAAAGCCAAUCGAUUUAGGUCGUUACUUAGCGUUCCCAGUGAAUUUUUUUGUUAUAGGAAUGCAAAUUAUGAAUUAGUGCUUUUUUCUCCUCAACCGUAGAUGAAUCCAAAGGAAAUCGUCAUAGAAAUCGAUCACGGUCUAGAGUUCUCUGGGGCGUCUGGUUUUCGUUUCGGUUUGUAGAUGUGUGUGCCCCCUAGCUGACGUGAAUGUUAUAGAAAAUCGGUGAGAGAGUCCCACCAGCAAGGACUUACGCCAACCUACAUAGAUGGGGUGGAAAACUGCGUCCUUAGGAAGUUGUUUCGUGAAUAGAAUUCAACGAGAGUGAGAGUGGAGAGCGAUACACAAGUGCGUUUGUCGUACUUUGCCCUGGAGAAAGAGCGAAAGUUUCGAAACAUAAACACAACGGCAACACAAGCAAACAAGCUCAACAUAAAUAUAAACAUAAACAUUUGGAGCGAGCGCCUCGAGUGCACGUGUACCCGACUGGACAGCCAACGGUGGAUUUGUUGGCAUAGGAUCCGGCCGAGUCGUGGCAAAAGUAUUAUCAUCAUCAUCAUCAUCACCGAUAGCAUCACUGUCAAGUCGGAUAAGUAUUUUUUCUCAUCAACCAAGCCGGUAGAAUUAAGCAGCAGUUAAAACUACAUUUAUAUACCGACCCGGAAUCGGUUUUCAUACGUUCUGCCGUCGUCGAUGCUGCAGCCACCUGCCCUCCCCCGUCACAGAGGAAAAUGUACUGAACGCAGCCCUUCCACUUAGGUCCCCGGUCGACCGCCAACUGGUUCCAUUUGUUCAAGAACAAACGCACCGAAACCGUCUCCGUUACCGAUGGCCACCGGAUUGAGUGGCCAGAUAACGCGAAGUGACAGUGCCAUACAGAUUUCGCUAUCGUGCGCACCGACAGGCACGGCUGCAGUGCCAACGGUCGCGGGUCACCACGGACCGACCGCACUGUCGGUGGUGGACAUCAACGCUUCGCUCGCCGCUUCGGUGCCAAUGAUUUCGUCGGCAAUUUCGGGCGGUGGCACCGGUUCGGCCCUGCCGCAGAAUCUCCCCACGACGGUAACCUCGAGUGGGAACGCGUGCUCCGGAAUCGGUCCCAGCGGUGGCUUCACCAAUCUGUUCAAUUUGUCCAACAGUGCGGAUCUGACGGCGGUGGCGUACAAUUCCUAUACGCAGAAUGUGCGCUGCAAGUCACCGCCAACACUGGUCGAUAAUCUCAAGAAUGGAAUUAUAGGGAACUCUCAAAGCGCUCUCUGCAAUGGCUCCAUCAUGACAAAUGGGCAAACCAAGGACUCCAACCUGCGGAAAGUCCUCAAUAAUUGCGAAAAUGGUCAAAAGAAAGGCAUGGCCUCGUUAACACACCUACCAAAGCGGCCCCCAAUAGACAUUGAGUUCAAUGAGUUGGCCUACUCAGUGUCCGAGGGUCACAAACGGAGCUACAAAACGAUUCUCAAAGGCAUCAAUGGCAAGUUUCGGUCUGGGGAACUUACCGCCAUCAUGGGUCCGUCCGGGGCCGGCAAAAGCACGCUCAUGAAUAUCCUUGCCGGCUACAAAACCUCAAACCUGAUAGGGUCGGUGUUGAUCAACGGAAAGGAGCGAAACCUGCGAAAGUUUCGCAAGCUGUCUUGCUACAUUAUGCAGGACGACCGAUUACUGCCGUACUUGACCGUACGAGAGGCGAUGAUGGUGUCGGCCAACCUUAAACUAGGCAAGGACAUCUCCCUCGAUCUGAAGAAAGAAAUCGUCGAAGAAAUUAUCGAAUCCCUGGGGCUGAUAGAUGCGGCUAGUACCCUGGCGCUUAACCUGUCCGGGGGCCAACGCAAACGGCUGUCAAUCGCGUUAGAAUUAGUAAAUAACCCACCUGUAAUGUUUUUCGACGAACCGACAAGCGGCCUAGACAGUGCCACCUGUUCCCAGUUGAUCCACCUGCUCAAAUCGCUGGCUCGAGGGGGCCGCACCAUUGUCUGUACAAUCCAUCAACCUUCGGCUAGAAUAUUCGAAAUGUUCGACAAUUUGUACGUUCUGGCUGAGGGACAGUGCAUCUAUCAGGGCAGGGUGAAUGGAUUGGUGUCGUUCCUGGCAUCGAUUGGGCUGGAGUGCCCCAGCUAUCACAAUCCCGCCAAUUAUGUGAUGGAAGUGGCUUGCGGCGAGCACGGAGACUGGAACAGCAAGCUAGUCACUGCGGUUGCCAAUGGCAAGUGCAACAACUACAAUCAACCUGUAUUAGCGCCAACCACAUCGCAAAUUAAUCUACCGCUAUCCAAUGACCAACAGACGGAGAAAAUCGUGACAGUUCUGUCACUGGGGGCAGGGGAAGACGACCUGGUGAAACCUUCCGCCGUUGAGUUUACGACCAUCAAUAUCGAACCCCUGAACAAUGAGAGCAAGUUUUCGACGUCAGUCAUCAUUAGCAGUAGUAAAACGGCAGAUGAUACGGUCGGUGGAACCAGUGCGGGGAAAGGCACCGUCGAGGGAGGGGGAACAACCACCGGCGGGCCUACUUCGGCAUCGUCCAAACCAACCUGCACCACCUCGUUGUUAGAUUCGACCGAAAGUGUGAGCAUUGAAGUGCCGAAAAAGAUGACCGGCUUUCCCACGUCCGGUUGGAUGCAGUUCUGGAUCCUGUUGAAGCGAACGUUCAUCACAAUUAUGCGAGAUCAAACGUUAACCCAGAUGCGGCUGGUAUCGCACGUGGUGGUUGGGGCAAUCAUCGGCAUGAUCUACUACGAUAUUGGUAACGAUGCGGCCAAAAUUAUGAGCAACGCCGGGUGUAUAUUCUUUACCACCAUGUUCACCAUGUUCACCGCGAUGAUGCCAACCAUUCUGACGUUUCCAACCGAAAUGGCCGUUUUUGUGAGAGAGCAUCUUAACUAUUGGUACUCGUUAAAGUCCUUCUACUUUGCGAAAACCGUAGCUGAUCUUCCAUUUCAAGUACUCUUCACCAGUGUGUACGUGAUCGUUGUCUACUAUCUAACAUCUCAACCGAUGGAACCGAAGAGGGCCGGCAUGUUCGUGCUUAUCUGCAUCCUGACGUCGUUAGUCGCGCAAAGUCUUGGGCUGUUGAUCGGCGCCGGAAUGAGCGUAGAGACGGGUGUCUUUCUCGGUCCAGUGUCCACCAUUCCGAUCAUUCUGUUCUCCGGCUUCUUCGUCAACUUCGACGUCAUUCCCAAAUAUCUCCAGUGGUUAACGUAUGUGAGCUACGUGCGGUACGGCUUCGAGGGGGCUAUGGUCUCUGUGUACGGACUGGGCCGGGAAAAGCUACGGUGUACGGAAAUCUACUGCCACUACCGGAGCCCGCAGAAGUUCCUGGAAGAGAUGUCGAUGGACAAAGCUGAGUACUGGAUCGAUGCAACGGCACUGUUCUGCCUGUUCAUAGGUCUGCGCAUCGUGGCCUAUUUAGUGCUGCGCUGGAAACUGCAUUCCAUCCGUUAAAAGUAGUACUUUACCAACUAAGAUGUUUUGUCUAUGUUGUAUUUUUUAUAACCGUAGAAUAGAAGCUUAGUUUCCAUCAUAUUUUCUGGAAUUCUUACGUAAGCUCUAUUUGUUUCCAAUUUGUUGGAAUGAAACUUCAAUUAUUCAAGUGUCGCGCUAUUGGAAUGACCGCUUGAAGCUAACUCCAAUUGUAACCAAAAGAAAUAUUUUCGAACUUCUAGAAUAAUGUAACCGUUUCCUAUGUAUAUUCAUGCUCUAGCCAAUAUUAUAAGAUGUUCGCUUCAUGAAAGAAAACGUGAAAUUGCUGCCACCAAGUAAAACUCGUUAGGUAAAACCGGUCAUUCUUAUAACGCAUAUUUACGAUAAAACCGAUGAAGAUGUUAAUUUUGAAAGGUCCAUGCAAUUACAAAUACAUAUUCUCAAAACCUAACACAUUCAACACUGUGAAACACUCAAAAACAAACCUCCCACAGAAAGACACACGCUAGCAUUGUAACGAACUCCUAUGUAGUCUCAACAUAUAUUCAUCAUUAUAUAGCUAUUAGAUGAAGAAAAAACCAAACACAGCAGAAAUAUAUUCUGCUGCGUUGAUGAACUUAGCAAAUUAUUGCGCGAUAUUCGAAUGACGGGCGAUAUAAAACCAAUUGAAUGAAAAUCAUUGCUAUGCAUAUUGAAACAACAAAAUAUUUGUUGCCGAACAAAAAACAAAAAGAAUCGAUAAAUCAACCACAGUAAUCAACCAAAUGCAUUUUGUUUCUUUUUGCGCUAAAAUUCGGUGCGUUGAGAGGGAGCAGAACAAUCAGAGAAGGGCAGGAAUUGUAACAAUGAGAUAAAAUCAAAUGAGCCACACUACCGAACAGAACAGAAUGAGAACGCGCUCAAUCUCAGUGCAUGCUACAGUGAAUUGGACAUUGUUUCCAAUAAUCCUUGAUAUGUAUUAAUUAAAAAGAAGCGUGUUGAUAAUGAUGUCGGCGAAUUCUACUUUUCGUUAUCCAAUUAGCUGUCUGUUCCUCGAAACCUUAUUUUUCUAGUAAUAGAUGGUGGUACUAAUAGGUUAGGAUUAGUUUACUUCGAAUGAUCCAACAAGGAAACCGUUAUCGGUAAAGUAUUUAUGCGAAACGAGACUCACAGAACCUCUUCAAGAGGGGAGCAAAGUGAAACUCAACAAUCUGUGAAAGUACGAUACUCUUAGAAUGUGCGUGAAUUGAUUCGCUUUUGUCCCACUUUCCAUUAUUCCCACAAACAGUAACACAAGCACACGCAAGUACCCUCGAAUUUAUACACUCUCAGUAUGAUGUUCUUUUUUUUUCAUUGGAGAGAUGCAUGGCAGAUAGCGAUACGACAGUCCGUAUCUAAUGCGUGGGAUAGAAAGGUCACAUGAGUCAAUGAGCUAAGGAUAAACUGCGAAUAAGACACAUACACAUUUUUGGUGAUUUUUAGCUGCGAAUUAGUGUGAUAUGAAACUUGAUUUCACCAAUUUUUAAUAUAAGUAUGAGAAAAGAAA